CAUUAAUAAAAAUGGACUUUGGAAACGACCUUGACUUCUUAGACCAACCUGAAUUUGGAGAGCCAGACUUCUUCACUAAAGCUCCAAUCGAGCUCAUGGGUCCAACCCUUGGACUUGAUAUUCACCAGAAUGAAGCAGAUUUUGAAGAAGCUGAUAUUAAUGAAGAUAUCGGAGAAAUAAAGAGUGAAGGAUUUUGCUUCAAACUUGCUCCUGAUGAGUGUCCUUCUGAGUUUGCUAGAAGCCUUAAACACCUCGGUCCAAAACUUGCUGACUUCAAGCACGGUACAACCACUCUUGCAUUUGAAUACCAAGAUGGAAUCAUUGUUGCAGUUGAUGCAAGAGCAACCCAGGGAGCCUUCAUUGCUUCGAACAAGGUUAGAAAAGUUAUCGAGAUCAAUGAAUACCUCCUAGGAACAAUGGCUGGAGGAGCUGCCGAUUGUCAAUUCUGGGAGCGCUAUUUAGCCAUGCAGUGCAGAAUUUAUGAGCUCAGAAACUCAGAGAAGAUCUCAAUUGCUGCUGCAUCUAAAAUCUUAGCAGACAUUUGCUACUCUUACAGAGGAUAUGGUCUUUCCAUGGGAACUAUGGUUGCAGGAAGUGACCUCAAGAAGGGGGCUCAAUUAUUCUAUGUUGAUAAUGACGCGACUAGAGUCAGAGGACAACUCUUCUCAGUCGGUUCGGGAUCUCCAUUUGCUUAUGGAGUUUUGGAUACAAACUACAAGUGGGAUCUCACUACUGAGGAGGCUAUUGCUCUUGGAAUCAGAGCUAUCUCUAGUGCUACACAUAAAGAUUCAGCCUCAGGAGGUGUAGUCAGAGUUUAUCAUGUGAACAACCAAGGAGGAUGGACAAAGAUCCAUGACCAACUUGAUGUUAAUGAAGACCAUUACAAGUUUGAAAACUCAAAGGGACUCAGAGGUGAUGGCAAAGAAGGUUUUGGUAAACUCAAACUAUAAAUUUAUCACACAAUUUCAACCAAAUUA